UACUUUACUUUGAAAUGUUGUCCGGAAGUAUUAAUCUAAUACUGUCUCAGCACUCUUGUCUCGUGCCUCUCACAUUUAGCAUUAAGGAUGCUAGCUAACGGUAGCUAAUUUAUUGGUCAGGGCGCAAGAAACAGGCCCUCUCAUUAGCGGCGACUUCAGGACUGCAUAAGAUUUUGGAUGGAGUCAGCGUCCAAGUUUUCACUGUCUGGUGUAGGCACAGCAAGGCACCUCAGGGUUUGGGCUUUAAGCCAUCCAGCUUAUCGACAGGAGAAGGAUGGUCAAGUACUUCUGCAAUAACACUGACAUCAGGAGUGCAUGGGACCAUGUUGUCUCUGCUUUUUGGCAGAGGUACCCUAACCCAUUCAGCACCCAUGUUCUCACGGAGGAUGUUGUGUAUCGGGAGGUAACUGUGGACCACCGGCUUCUCACCCGGCGCCUCCUGAAAAAGACAAACCGACUCCCUCGAUGGGCAGAGCGGUUCUUCCCUGCUGGCAUGUCUCGAUCUGUGUAUAUCGUCGAGGACUCCAUCGUGGAUCCUGUCAACAGGAGCCUGACCACCUAUACCUGGAACCUCAACCACACAACUCUAAUGUCAGUUGAAGAACGUUGUAUUUUCCAAGACUCAGUGGAGCAGCCUGCCACCACACAGCUGAAACGGGAAGCAUGGAUAUCCUCGGGUGUCUAUGGCUUUUCCAGACCUAUUCAGGAGUUUGGAUUGGCCCGCUUUAAGAGCAACCAGGUGAAGUCCAUGAAAGGACUGGAAUAUGCGCUGUCGAACCUACAGGGUAUGUGCACUUCAGCAGCAGAAAUGGAGGAAAAGUGCAAGGAAAAGAAAAGAGGGAAACAAAACAGGAGAGGCGCCCCAGCGGCUGCUCAGGGACACGGUGAAGGAUGCGUCAGAGAAGGCCAGAGAGGCAGCCAAGAGCCUGGCUUCAGCUGCUACUGUGCCCAAGAAGCCCCAGCAGUACGUCUGACCGGACCACACGUGAAGUACUGUACAGGUGACAUCAACUCGACACAGUGACUUUGGAUCAUUUAGAAUCACUAGAUUCGUGAUAUGCCGGCAUGUCACCAAUCACCACGCAGCUGUCAGCUCAGCCCUGUCCUCUACACUUUGACUUUGACUUUUUCAUUUCAGCAUUCAGCUCGGUGUCCUGUCCCGCUGUCAUUUGUCUUUCAUGCUGAAAUCUCAUCUUUAUGAAUCUGUGGGGAAUAGCAGUAAUCUGAUGCUGUAACUAUACCAGAUGAAAAGCAUCUAGUGUUAGAAGGCUGUAAUGUAUAGCUCAAAAUUAUUGGGUCAAUUAAAAAAAAAUGAAAUUUGAACAGAUUUUAUAAUGUGAAACUGCACAGAAUUACUGUUUUAAAUUAUUGAGGAAUCCGGGAAGCGUUUUAUUUUUUAUUUUUUGCAAUAUUUAUAUGGACAGUGUUGGUCACUAACUCAAAUACAACUUAAAAUAUUCAGUGAAUGUUGGAAAAAUGUGAACUCAAAGGUUAAUUAUAUCCAAAGAAGCUGAGUCAUAUAACUUGACUAAUAACUGACAAUGUUGGCUGUUUACAAGAAGCACCUGCUGCUGAUCUAUGCCUUGGAAAAUGUUUUUGAAGUGAUAAAACAGUUUAAUGUUGGAUUUAGUUGAUCCAUCUUUACAUAUGGACGAAUCAGUAACAGCUUUCCCCUGAUGAAGAUAUUUCUGUAGGCACAGGCCAGAGCGAUGUGAGGUGCAAAACAAUCCAUAUUAGCAACUUGCGUUUAAAGGAAAACGUAAAGCAGCUCUUCUUGCUGCUCAAAUGUCCUUAUGAUUUAUUUUUUCUCAUUCGUCAUAAAUAGCUUGAAACUACACAGUUCUAGAGUCAACGCAAUAUAUUCAGUCAUUGCACCUAAAUAAAAGUGUUAGUGUAAACACUAUUGAAUUAUAACUGCUAGCACCAAAAUGACUUGCAUUAAAAAGGACAAUGAGCAGUUUCCCACUAUUUAAUGUUAAUGCCUGUUAACUGUAUAAAGGCUUAAUUAGUAACUAUGUGAUUGCAUUCCAUUUAAGGUGGAAUUGACUGAUUUUCUGUUGCGAAACUUGAAUUGUAGCAAACCUAAUUCAUGUGAUUUUCUGUGUUUUGAACAAUUGUUUUUAGCAUCUAUCAUUUUUAAUAUUACUUCAUGACUAUUUAAAGGCGAAAACGCAAACCUCAGGACUUUCAGGCGAUGUUUUUGGAUGUUCUGCAACACAUCCAAGCCCGUUUUCAGUCCAUGUUUGUCUUUGUCACGUUGCGCCUACAUAAAAUGCGAUAUGACUGAUUCAAUCUUGUCUCUGUUGAUUUUUUUUUAGUUUUAACAUUUCUGUUGCAGAAAGUGAACUCUGAUCUUUAAAAAACGAGUUACUUUUUCAGUUUCACAAGUGCAUAAACCAAACAGGAAACCCUUGUAACAUUUGAACAUGUCUACAUAUACCUGCUGCUUUGUUCAGUAGAUGCCCAUCUCACUGCUCCGUGUUUUCUCUCAGUACAGUAGGCAAUAAAGAGGCAUAAGCAGGGUUAUUUAUAAAAUAUUUUAUAAUAUAAUUAAUAUUACAAUGAGAUAAUACACAAUACCUUCAAGUGUGUGCCAAAAUGUAGCCAGCACCAGGUACUCGUGUACACAUGUACGCACAAAACAAAAAAGGAUCUCGUAUAACAUCUUCCGAAUGCAAAUUACAUACUUGCUAAAAAGGAACAUAUUCACAGGUCUCUGGCACAGAACACUCCUUACUCUGCUCAGUAUGUUAACCUAAACUAAGUCCCCGUCAUCCUCUACUACAUCCGCUACCACAUCCCAGCCAGCACAGCGUCUGGGUCCUUGGGUUUAAAACUCUGCCGUAAAACAAGAUGCAUGUUACGAACACGGGCUUAGAGCAUUGCCUGAUGCACAAUAGUAGAAAAUGAAGACAAAAAAAUAAA